AUGAUGUUGUCCACCAGCAGCGAGGCCACGUCCAUUGACGCACCACCGAUCAUUUCAAUGUCCACAGACUCGAUCUUAGACGCUUCAAUAUUGCGUGUUUUUGCCGUUAUAUUAUGUACCAAAUGCCAAUAUUUAGAGUUUCCGGGAUGUGACGUACACGGCGCAUUAUACACCGAUCGGCUAACGGACGCAGAUGGGAUCAUGCAACACGCCAAGUGCCCAAGCUGUACUGCAUCCACAAACAAUGCGCGUCCUUUUCGUGACGGAUGUCGCCGCUGUAAGUCACCGACCAAUGUCGUCAUGUGGGUUUGUUCUCUGCAAGAAGUUCAGCUGGCAAUCGAGGCUUUCCCCGAUUCAACAGAGGAGAUCGAACACACAGUUAUUUACUUUGGCAGCGGUCAAUGGCAAACCUCUCAAAGUGUCAAACUUUCAGUUGAGUAUGCCUCAUGUAGACGGCUGUUUGAGGAAAGAAUUUACAAGUGUCCGAGGGCUCCUAGAUUGACAGGAAAACCACAGUAUCGACCCAGACAGCUGAAAUUAGUAACACAGCAAAAUCACCUGCAUCAGGUCGCGUUUCGAUUGCUAAUCAGCGUGAUUGGUAAUUUUGAUGCGAGCUCUCCGGCUGCGAACCAACCAAUUCGACAGGUUUUGACCGUGCUCGAAAAAAUGGAGCCAUUAGGAUUAUUUAUGGAGUGGUCACCACAUCGUCAACUUUCACAGACAAAGGUUUUUCCGAAUGAAGUAAUUGCAAGCUCGUGUUAUGACGAGCAGCAUGUUGCCUCAAGGAUUCUGGAAAAUGGCCCUAGCUUUUGGAGAUCAGGAAGUAAAUCGGACAAUUCAACAUCACAGCAAGAUGAGUGGAUUGUGUGUCAAUUUAGCUCUGCAGUUACGCUGUCGAGUAUUGAGAUAGAAUGGCAAGCAAAUUUUGCACCGAAACGAUUUUCGGUGAGCAUCUCGAGGCAUGGUAUGCCGUACGAAACUGUGGCAAUUGUGAUGGAGCCUUCGACCGUAACUCGAUUGCUUGUACCAAAGGGGGGCGUUGUUACUUCGAUUAAAAUUAUUAUGUUUUCUUCAGAGGUGGCUGGCGAAACGUUUUGCCUUAAAUCAAUCGUAUGUAAGCAAGCGUCAUUUCACUUCAUUCACACCUCUACUGUGGUAGUGCUGCAAAAUAUACAGCAUUGGCUCUUUGACGCAGCUGUAUCUCCUUAUCCGGAUGUCCGAAAUCUUGCUCUAGUUGCUUUACAAAAGCUGCUGCUUGCGUCAGGGUCCCUUUGUGGUCUUUUAAAAUUAGUGAUGUGUCUUCUGCUCAACACGCACAACGCAUGUACGACUCUUACUGCUGAUGUCGACGAGCAGGUUUGGGAUCGCCUUGAUCAGCUGUCUGGGGAUGAAAAAGAAUCAGCUGGAUUAUUUCUAAAACACUUGGCGACUUCGGUUCGGCAUGCUGUAAUUGUAAAUGGCUCUCGUAACGGCGCCGAAGACAACGAUUUUAAAGAUAUAUUGCGCCGAAAAUUAUCCGCUGCUGAAAAUUGUUUUUUCGACGAGGACACCAAUAAUUUUGGUCUAUCGGCUACUUCGAUUACCCUCCUUGUUGGGCGUCCCAAGUUUCUGGAAGCUAUUAAGCGUAGGUCACAGCUGGGAAUGAUCAUUUUGCUUAUGCUCAGCGAAGUGUCGACUUGGCAAAUGAAACAGAUGCAGAGGGCUGAAGAAUUUACUGGUAAAGAAGAGCUUAAACUCAUGCAGUUGGAAGAGCCGUUUUCAAUUGAGAUUUGCUCCGACUUUUUCGCAAUUUCGCACCGACUUAUAGUCAAUAUAUUGUCACGUUGGCUAACACGUAUGGAAAAGCACUUAAGUAAUUCUGAUCUGGACGAGGGUGAAAACAAAGGCAGCGACACAAAUUAUUUUGGUCGUCUUGAUUUAUACAAUGCAUUAGAAUCGUCGUUUAAUCAAUUCCUUACCGAUGCUGGACCGCUAGAAUAUCUAAGUGGUAUCGAUGUAUCACUAAAAGAAAAACUCGCAAGUCACCCCAAGUUCUCACCUGAUGGACUAUGUGUCGCCAUGCUCGAUGUCAUUACGUCGAACCUUCGUCGCUUAGUCCUAUCUAAAGUCGACCCUUUAGAGAUUGGAAUUCAACCAGCUCUAGUUAACAGUAAGGACGAUGUGUUGUCGGUCCCGCUUGACUUCUACCCCAUCGUGCUAUCACUUGAGCAGCUUAUCGCGCUUGGCGCAAAGCGAAGCGAUACUUUUUUUAAUGUGUCAUUGAAAGCCGCUGCAGCAAUGGAAGCUGGAACGGAAGUGUUUUACCCAUCAGCUGAUCAGCGGACGAAAGUUCUGACAUCACGAAUGGGAAUGGGUGCAACGUUAGAAGUACAAGUUCGCUGGCCUGUUCAGGAGCGUGACCAAGAAGACCCGCGCUACGAGAGGUUGAUUUUGAUGCUCCAAAUCGAAUGUAUAAAGUUAAGCAUGCGAAACUCAAUUCGGGGCAAUUGGUGCUUCUUCAUGCACUUACUAGUGGAGAUACCUUCUACUCGAAGUACAGAAGAGUUUUUGACCCAACAUUUCGCGCCGUGUAUUCAACGUGCUGGGUUCUUAUCUUGGCAAGUUGCUGCGGGUGCACAAGAGCUGUCAAUAAAUCUUCAGCGACAUCUCCAUUGGAAUCGCGUAGAAAAAAUGUCUCAAGACUCAGGAGACGGAUGGAUUCGCGUGUACCCUGCCGACGUCGCAACAUACGAUGAAGUAGUCACCGAUGUCGAAGAAUUUCUUGCGAAGCAUAUUAUGAACAAGGCAGAGAUGGCACGACCAUAG